AUGGUAUCGCUGCCGUCCAAACACAAGGUUUUCCACGUCACCGAGUUCAAUGGCUCAAUUGACGAUAUUAAACAGUCCACCGAGGAACUCCCUGAAGUUGGCCCUGAGGAUGUGCUUAUUAAGGUGAAGGCCGCUUCGCUCAAUCAGAGAGAUUUGAUGAUUCUUAGUGGAGUUUACCCAUUCCCCACUAAGAAAAACGUUGUUCCCUGCUCGGACUUUUCUGGUGAGAUUGUUGGUAGAGGAAAGAAUGUUUCUCCCGAGGAGUUUGCUGAUGGCCAAAGAGUUAUUGGCAAUUUUUCAGUUCACAACCUUUACGGUCCUCCCAAGAGAGUAGACGAUUCGCUUGGUGGUAACAUCGACGGCGGUCUACGUGAAUAUGUCACACUUCCAUCAUUUGCUGUGAACAAGAUUCCCAAGAGUGUUGACCUUUCCUGGGAAGAACUGUCCACUCUUCCCUGUGCUGGUGUUACCGCUUGGAAUGGUUUGUACGGACUGCCAGGAGCUCCACUUAUCGCUGGUCAGACUGUUCUUGCUCUUGGUACUGGCGGUGUAUCCGCAAUUGGUUUGGCCAUUGCCAAGGCCGCUGGUGCCAAAACCAUUGUUACUUCAUCGUCUGAUGAGAAGCUCGCUAAGAUCCAGGCUGAGCUCAAGGUCGAUCAUGUCGUCAACUAUGCCAAAAACCCCAAUUGGUCUGAGGAAGUUCUUCGUCUCACCGAUGGCCGUGGUGUAGACAUUGUUCUUGAGAACGGUGGAUCCGGCACUCUCAAGGAGAGUAUUUUGAGUUUGACCACCGGCGGCCAAGUGAGCAUUAUUGGACUCAUUGCUCCAGCCAAGCAAGAAGACAUGCCCGACGUGGGUCCCCUGGCACUCAGCAAGAACGCCAUUGUGCGCGGUAUCAUUGUCGGCAGCAAGGCACUUGCCGAUGAUUUCAUUCGCUUCCUCUCCCAAAACAAGAUUCCCCUGGCCAUCGACAGGGUGUUCAAAUUCGAAGACUCCGUCGAGGCAUACAAGUACUUCAAGUCAGCCAAGCACGUAGGAAAGGUUGUCAUCAGCCUGAACUAG